UUGAGCUGCAAAGAAGCCGGCCCGGUCGCCCUCGGGGAUCUGCUUAUCUGCAGGGACCGAAGGAUCCACCUUCUCUUGUGUUCGCUGCUCUCUUCCGUGCACGGCCCCUGCCUGCCUCUUGGCUCUUUUAGGUCUUCCUGCAACUCUUCCCACGCCCCCCUACGUAGGAUUUCCCUUCCAUUUACAGCACGGGUCUUGUAGCCAGCCUUUCUUCGGGAUGAGGUGCCUUAACCCUAAGGAGGGUGAGGUCUUCUGAUUCACUGGCUCCUUCCUGCCAUAGAAAUUCCUCACUUUGUUGCUGGACCCCUUGAAAUAAGUAACCAGGUGCGGCCAGACUUUUCUAGACCAACUUCUGUUCAUCAAGUGAUAAAACCAUCUGGCAAUUCAAGGCAAAAAUGUAAGAACCUGACCCUGCCCUGCCUCGUAUUUCCUUUGUGACACAAGAUCCUUUGGGCCCUGCCUCAGAUUGAAUACUAUAAUCUUUUUAGUUCACUGGGUUUCUCGUCCUUAACUGUGACAACAUGAGUCCCUUGUCAACAAGGUUGGGCAAACAUCUGCUGAUAAAACGACUUCCAGGUUGCUCUUCCCAAGGCCGGAGCAUGCAGGCCGUUUGCACCAGGGUCCUCGCUCCAGACGAGUGCCGUGUGUGUGUGUGUGUGUGUGUGUGUGUGUGUGAACUUCUUGGCAGUGACACCUGCCGUAUAGUGCUGCCUGAUUACACGGCGGGGCCUUGGUGCCAUGGUACAGGCUGGGUUAAUGACUUUGUUUAAACUGUUUGGGUAAUCGUGAUAAGGCCGCCCAACCUGCUGUCCUGUCCCCGCGCUGCUGGCCCCGCUGGCACUUCAUUGAGAAAACGGCCAUUGACGCCAUGUGGAGAACUCGUUUGUUCCAGCCAAUCAGUCCAGGGAUGGCUGUUUUUUUUUUUUUUAAUGAGGACCGCUUAAUCACAGAGCGGUCAAGGCUAUGAAGGGGUGUUUCACUUGUGACUGAGCCUUAUAAGAAGAGCUGGUUAAAACAGCUAUGGGCUGGCAGAGCUGGGAGGAGAGACUGUGCCCGGGGAGCUUUGAUUGACGCAGGGGGUUGUGACAGUGCCCUUCUGCUUUACGGAUCUCCCUCCUCUGCUGCAGCAGGAGCUGAAUUUUGCUGAGGAUCCAGGCACCCAGCUCGGCUAUGACAACCAGCAGCAUGGACGUGGACUGCAAGAGGUGCCAGUGCCACAGCGAGGACAACCGCACCGCCAUCCUCUACACCCUCCUCAGCCAGAACUUGAACCACAGCCGGGUCAGCUGCAGUCCAGCCCACCAGCGCUGCCUGUGCCACCAGCGCCGGACCGUCUGCCUCCGCACGCCCCACGUCACCUGCCAGGCGGCCUCCAAUGUGCUGGUGAAAACCGUCAGCUUCAUGAAAAACCUGCCUUCCUUCCAACUGCUGCCCCGAGAGGACCAGCUCUUGCUGCUGGACAGCUGCUGGGUCCCCCUCUUCCUCCUGGGGCUGGUCCAGGAGAUGGUGACAUUUGAGGUGAUGGAGACCCCAGCCCCCAGCAUGCUCAAGAAGAUCCUUCUCGAUGGCCAAAGCAAACAGCAGGAGCCCGAGCGGAUGCAACCCACGCUGGCCGCGGUGCAGCGGCUGCAGUGCUGCCUGAACACCUUUUGGAGACUGGAUCUGAGCCCAAAGGAGUAUGCCUACCUGAAGGGCGCCAUUCUCUUUAAUCCUGAUGUCCCGGGGCUGAGGGCCUCCCUGUACAUUGAGAGCCUCCAGCGGGAAGCCCAGAGAGCGCUGCAAGAAGUCCUGCGGCCCCUGCACCCCGAGGACCAGGGUCGCUUUGCCCGCAUCUUGCUGAUUGCCUCCACCUUGAAAUCUAUCCCUCCUGCACUCAUCACAGACCUCUUCUUCAGGCCAGUCAUCGGCAAUGCAGAUAUUGUCGAGCUCAUCACGGAAAUGCUGUAUGAAAUAACCAGCAGGCAGCUGGCUCCUUCGUCGCGCAUGGCGCUCUGAGGGACUGCGCUCGGCUGUCAACCCCACAGACGUCGCCUGCUCCCCGAGUCAAGUGUCAGAGGGCGGCAAAGUGAAUCUGGGAGCAAGGUUUAGUGAGGCAGGUGCUCUGUACUUUGCAGGGAACUGGCUUUGUGUGUGUUUCGUUAAGCCUGGGGAACAGCUCCAGAGGCUGUAAUUUUCAGCUAGAAUGCAGAACACGCAGACAAUUCACUUUGAUUCAGCAGAUGUUUACAGCAGCUAUUGCUUGGUCUGUGCCAGUCUCAGAGGCGGGCUGUUGCAGGGAGUACAUGCGCGCGUGUGUGCGACAGGUUUGUUUCCCUGUUCUGUAGCCAGAGCUGCUCAGCUGCCUGCAAACGCACCAGUCCUGCAACACAACAUAAAUCCGGUUAGAGCCUGGUCCACAUUUUUUCACUCAGUGAAUACCUGGCUCCAUUGAAAUCAAUCUGUGUUUUGCUGUUAACUCCAAUUAGAUGAGGUUUGACCUCAACUAACUGUCCAAAUGGCUUGAAUCUGCAGUAUUUAGUAUUUAGGCAGGCUGAUGAAUAUAUCUUCAGCGAAAUCACUUAUCUGGAUACUACCAAGUGCAAACACCAUGGAGUAAGGUCCUAGUGAAGUCCCAGUGUAUGUCUAUUGUGCAUGAAAUCUUAGAAAUACUCAUAAAGAGUCUUUUCCUCGGGCGCUAACAGGGAGAAGGCCAGUUUAAAAGCUUAAAGGGUGUGCAAACAGUCAAACUUACCCCUUCUACCUUUUCUUAGACUGAAUUUUAUCUUUUCUCCAUAAUGCCAAAAAAUGCAAUGGGAUUUCUCUCAGAGCAAUGGAUUACUCAAGAGUAGCCAAAUCUAUUGCCCAUAAUGUGGCAUGAACACCAGGGACUUCAUCUUAACUUCAUCUUAUAUAUUAUGUGGGUGCUUUUCACAAUAUUGAGGAUGGCUUAGGCUGUCAGCUUAACUCCAUUUAUAUGACAAUGUGACCCACUAUAAACACUGCAGAAAAAAGUUCAGCUACUUUAGCGG